CUGUUUUAUCAUAAUGGCUAUUCGUGCAGGCACAUAUCUGUCUUUGAUUAUUCUAUCUUUGUCUGAAAUAGGAAACAAUAAAAGAGGACGUGCGACUCAUGUCUGAGAGCCUCCACUGUCGUGCAGGCCAUUCUACUUCUCUCUUUAAAUGUCAAUUACAUGGUUUUUUCCCUUUUGCCACUGUCUUCUCACCAUUGAUUCGAGUUCUCUGUCCUCAGAAAAUUGCAGGUGAAAUGAUGAGUUUCGGGGAGGAGACUCACGAGGACUGGCACGAGUUCGAGGUUAUGAACAGAGAUGAUGGGCCGAAGAUUCUGGUCAAGAAGACGAGCAUGGAGACGGAGAGGCAGAUCUCGGUGGACCCGAAAUCGCUCAAGCCAUCGUCCAUGAGGAACAAUAGCUUCAAUUCAGUACUUCCACCAGCGAUUUCGCCUCCUAGGAGCUUGGAUUUGCCAUUGCCUCUGCCUUUGCAGCCCGUGAAGACGAGAUUCGUGAGCUGCAGCCUCCCAAACUCAGCUACCACGUCUCCUAAAUCCGAUUCAAAUGCGAUGAAGAAGAACAAGAACGAAGAACAAUACCUGAACCUCAUGCUCGUGCAAGAUGCUGCUGCUGCAUUCAGGAGAAGCAAAUCUUGCGGGGAAGGCCUAGCAUGUGCGCCGUCGCUGGAUUUUGAUGUAUUGAUGCAGAAAUCAAGACAUGGGCAUCAUCAUCAUCAAACGAGAAGCUUCUCCUCGAAAACGCUCUCUCACAAGAGCAGUAUAAGCAGCUUCUUCUCCAAAACAGAGUCUAACAAGAGCAGCCUCAAGAGCAUCAGUUCCUUCAAAGACGAGUUCAAAUGCAACGCUCUCUGCUUGUACAUCCCGGGUUUCGGCAAAGGAAAACCCGUCAGAUCGUCCCGAAAAGACGGGUCGUUCGUCGGGUCCACCACCGCCACGACGGCAAGAACGGCCUCGAUCAAAGAGCGUAAUACAGUGAUUUCAGCAAGAGCAUCGAUGGAGAAGUUCGAGUGCGGAUCCUGGAGCUCCUCGGCUUUGAUAUACGAAGACGCAGCCGAUGCCGGAGGCCCCGGGGAGCCGGUAUCGGCGGCUUUCGUGUUUGACAAGGAACCAAUGGAGAAGGAGAUCAAAGGGGUCUUGAAAACGUCGGGUUCGAAAUCCAGGAGGUCGACCGAGUCAUCGCCACGUCACGUGAGAUUCUCGACGUCAUCACCGGUGUCGUAUCCGGCGUCUCCGACGUCGUCCGUCACGCCUCGGUUGCUACAGGCUACGGAGGAUUUCAACGCUUUCUUGGAAGCUCAAACCGUGUGAAAAGUGAAAGACAAAAAAGUCGUGACUAACUUGUAUAUAUAAUCGUUUUAAUUCGUCAUUUAUUUUUUAUUACAACAUUUUUUUCAUUCAAGAGAUAUGUUUAUAAAUUUUAUUCAAUGUAAGUGGUGAUGUUUAGAUACUGUGUUAUAUUAUUUGACUUUAAUAGUUUUAAGGGUA